AUGGACCUCCGAUCAAGAGGCAAGAAGGACAACCAAAACGUAGUUGAUUCCCAAGAUAACGAUAACACUACAGCUAGCAAGAUUAGCAUUAGCACUCAUAACUCAGACGACAGUUCCAGACUGUUGCUCUCAGCAGCCUCUUGCGAGCCUGCCGACAUGCUGGCUACGCUCCUCCGGGAAAUUCAGGAUGAGGACAGCGAGGGCCGUGACCCGGUCCGUUUCUUCACUCAAUGGAUCCCGGAGGUCCUAGGCAUAACCAAAUUCACCAAACAGCUGGAAAUUGAACGCGCCCACAGAACAUCAGCGCCGAAACCCCGGCCAGAUGAGCCCCCACGAGCCGUCCUGAUCAGGUUCCUCCGUUUCCAAGACAGAGAGAAGAUACUGCAACUCGCAAGAGCCAAAGGGGACAUCGCCAUCAAUGGGAAGAGGGUCAGUCUUUUCCCGGAUAUGAGCGCGGACCUCACCAGACGCCGCAAGCAGUUCAGACCUGCCGCCAAAGCACUGAAGGAGAAGAACAUCACCGGCUACCUCAUCCACCCUGCACAACGGGAGGGGGCGGGCUUCGUGGGCUCCCACCUGACUGAUAAGCUGAUGAUGGAUGGCCACGAGGUGACGGUGGUGGACAACUUCUUCACGGGCCGCAAGAGGAACGUGGAGCACUGGAUCGGCCACAAGAACUUUGACCUCAUCAACCACCACGUGGCUCUACAUCGAGGAAUCACAGUGCAGUGUGCGGGGGAGGAGUAUUGGGUGGACAGUCGUACGGUUUACAUCGGUCACAAAGAACCCCCACCGGCGGCAGAGGCCUACAUCCCUCAACGUUACCCUGACAACCGCAUCGUCUCCUCCAAGUACACCUUAUGGAACUUUAUCCCCAAGAACCUGUUUGAACAGUUCAGAAGAAUCGCCAACUUCUACUUUCUGCUAAUCUUCCUGGUCCAGCUCAUCAUAGACACGCCCACCAGCCCUGUCACCAGCGGACUGCCUCUCUUCUUUGUCAUCACUGUCACCGCCAUUAAACAGGGUUAUGAAGACUGGCUGAGACACAAGGCAGACUGCAGUAUAAAUGAGUGUCCUGUGGACAUGGUGCAGCAGGGGACGGUGGUGAGGACACAGAGCUCCAAGCUACGGGUGGGGGACGUUGUCAUGGUGAGGGAGGACGAGACGUUCCCCUGUGACCUUAUCCUCCUUUCAUCCAGCCGCGGUGACGGAACCUGCUACGUCACCACUACCAGCCUGGAUGGAGAGUCUAGCCACAAGACCUACUAUGCUGUACCAGACACCAUGGCCUUUAAGACAGAGCAGGAGGUGCACUCUCUACAUGCGACUAUUGAAUGUGAACAACCACAACCUGACCUCUACAAAUUUGUGGGGCGCAUCAAUAUUUAUAAGGAAAGAGAGGAUCCCAUAGCCAGACCACUGGGGGCUGAGAACCUUCUCCUCAGAGGAGCUACCCUGAAGAACACAGGACAUAUUUAUGCUGUAGCCAUUUACACAGGCAUGGACACCAAGAUGGCGCUUAACUACCAGUCCAAAUCCCAGAAACGCUCAGCUGUGGAAAAGUCUAUGAAUGCGUUCCUAAUCGUGUAUCUGUGCAUCCUGAUCACUAAAGCGGUCAUUAACACGGUUCUGAAGUAUGCGUGGCAGUGGUCUGCUGACCACGAUGAACCCUGGUACAACCACAGGACCGAGAUCGACAGAGAACGCCAUGUGGUGAUCAGGGCGUUCACAGACUUCCUGGCCUUCAUGGUGUUGUUUAACUACAUCAUCCCAGUCUCCAUGUACGUUACCGUGGAGAUGCAGAAGUUCCUGGGUUCUUACUUCAUAGUCUGGGACAAGGAUAUGUAUGAUGAGGAGCUGGGGGUGGGGGCUCAGGUCAACACAUCUGACCUCAACGAAGAGCUUGGACAGGUAGAGUAUGUGUUUACUGAUAAGACGGGGACGUUGACGGAGAACAACAUGGAGUUUAUAGAGUGCUGUGUGGACGGGCACGUAUAUAUCCCCCACGUCAUCUGUAACGGACAGAUCCUCAGUGCUGCUUCCAGCAUAGACAUGAUCGACUCUUCUCCUGGAGGAUACCGCAGGGAGCACGAGGACCUGUUCUUCCGGGCUCUGUGUCUGUGCCACACGGUGCAGGUGAAGGAGGAGGAGACAGUGGACAGCAUCAAGAGAGGGAUCCACCUGGGAAAGCCCACCUCCUUCUACAUAUCAUCCUCUCCUGAUGAGGUGGCUCUGGUGGAGGGCAUGAAGAGGUAA